CUUCAACCUCAAUUUCCUCAACUGCGAAUUGAUCUGCUCGUCUUUACCUUUCCUUACGUCAAUAUCCACGCGAACAGAUCAAUUCCAUAUAUCAUAUACCAUAUACCAUACUCCAUAUUCAUCAUGGCGGAAGGAGGUGGUAUCGAUCGUCGCGCCGACGAGAAGAUGGAAUUUUCCACUUCAAAAGAGGUCACAGUGCACCCGACCUUUGAGUCCAUGUCAUUGAAGGAAAACCUCCUUCGUGGUAUCUACGCUUACGGUUACGAGUCUCCCUCUGCUGUUCAAUCUCGAGCCAUCGUCCAGAUCUGCAAGGGGCGCGACACCAUCGCCCAGGCGCAAUCUGGUACCGGAAAGACUGCUACCUUUUCGAUUUCCAUGCUUCAAGUUAUCGAUACUGCGAUCCGCGAGACCCAAGCCCUCGUCCUCUCCCCGACCCGCGAACUCGCCACUCAGAUCCAGUCUGUUGUGAUGGCCCUAGGAGACUACAUGAACGUCCAAUGUCACGCUUGUAUUGGUGGAACGAACGUCGGGGAGGAUAUCCGAAAGCUUGACUAUGGUCAGCAUAUCGUCUCUGGUACCCCCGGUCGCGUGGCGGACAUGAUUCGCCGCCGUCAUCUGCGAACCCGCCAGAUCAAGAUGCUCGUACUCGACGAGGCAGAUGAGUUGCUCAACCAAGGUUUUCGCGAGCAGAUCUACGACGUUUAUCGAUAUCUGCCCCCUGCGACCCAAGUUGUUGUCGUCUCGGCUACGCUCCCUUACGAUGUCCUAGACAUGACGACCAAGUUUAUGACCGACCCUGUCCGUAUUCUAGUUAAGCGUGACGAGUUGACGCUUGAAGGUCUCAAGCAGUACUUCAUCGCCGUCGAGAAGGAGGACUGGAAGUUCGACACGCUAUGCGAUCUUUACGACACUCUCACUAUUACUCAAGCCGUCAUCUUCUGCAACACCCGACGAAAGGUAGAUUGGCUGACCGACAAGAUGCGCGAGGCCAACUUUACUGUCAGUAGCAUGCAUGGAGACAUGCCCCAGAAGGAACGGGACAGUAUUAUGCAAGACUUUAGACAGGGCAACAGCAGAGUUUUAAUAUCGACAGAUGUUUGGGCUCGCGGUAUCGACGUCCAACAGGUCAGCUUAGUUAUCAAUUACGAUUUGCCCAGCAACCGAGAGAAUUACAUCCACCGUAUCGGUCGAAGCGGUCGUUUUGGCAGGAAGGGUGUCGCAAUUAACUUCGUCACGAGCGAAGAUGUUCGAAUCCUCAGAGAUAUCGAACUGUAUUACUCAACUCAAAUUGAUGAGAUGCCGAUGAACGUGGCGGAUCUCAUUACUUAAUUGGUCUAUGCUGAGUUGUUCUGAUCGGAACUGAUGCAGUCAUAUAGCAGCAAUUGAACGAGGUUAAGAGAGUGUCUUGGUCGUGGGAGGAAAUGGGCAUGUUGUCUAGAACGCCGUAUUUCGGUCAUUGCACCGUUCGCUGAAUCCGAUACUUUUUACAGACCCUGAGCUAUUACCCGAGUUACGAGAUCUGUCGAUCCUCUACAGAUAUGUGCGUAUGAAUAAUGAAAUGAAAUGGGUUUCGGCAACGAAACAUCAACGUACGACGGUUCAUAGUACAACCCGAGGCAAAGCUAACGUGGCUACUAACGUGUGCCUGACUUUAUUCAGGUUAGAUUCUUCAUGAUCUUAUGAAGCUCAUUUAUAUUCGACUAUAAACAAUCCCACGAUCAUCCAAUACAUCGAACGAUAUUAAAAAAAUCAUCAAGGAUGAAAUUCAUAAUUAUACUCAUAUCUGGUCUCUUAAGUAUAAAAGCCUCAAGAUAAUAUCGUAGGCUUUCAUAUAUUAAGCACGUAAGUCUAAUGCGGCUAUCUAGAAGACGGGUGAGUGGAGCAUGCUGGGCUAUAAGACUGAGUGCCAAUAGUGAAGGGUCGACUAUUAGUUACUUAA